AUGAAGAAGUCAAGAAGCAAUGGAAUUAGUAAAGCGCAUCCCAAAUUCCAUAAUCUUUCUUAUUUCUCUCUUUCAAGUACAUUUUACAAUGCGCUAAUUGCCAAACGACAUUUCUCGAAUGUGCGCAACAGUAAAAGUGACAAUGACGAGGAGCCAAAUGGUGCAUCAAUUCUUCCAAUCAUAUUUAUAUGUACAUUAUAUGGAAUUGUUAUGAAGGAAACAGUUGUCAUCGAUGAUUGUUGCAUAAUAAUGGAAGAAUGCAACAGUGAGAGUUAA